AUGGCCCAAAUCCGUGGCACCGCGGGCUACAACCUCGGCCACCAGAACCCGUUUGGCGGGCCCAGUAGCGCAGAUGCCACCAGCGACCCCAGCCCGCUUGACGCGAUUCGUGAGCAAACCAGCAAGAUCGAAGACUGGCUGGACUCGCUGGCAGACCCCGUGAAGCCAUACCUCCCUGCGAUCGGCCGGUUCCUGAUCGUGGUUACUUUCAUCGAGGACUCGCUACGAAUUCUUACACAAUGGAGCGACCAGCUCGUGUACCUGCGUGACUUCGGAAGAUUUCCGUGGGGAAUCACGCACAUGUUCUUGAUCAUCAACGUGAUCGCCAUGUCUGUCUGUUCUUUCCUGGUUAUUGCUCGCAAGCGCACCGAAUACGCCGUGGCUGGUCUCCUGGGUGUUGUCAUCACCAAGGUCUUGGAUAUGCUUGAUGAGAAGGACCGCAAGAUGUAUGUUCAGUUCGCUGGACGUGUUCUGCUGAUUUUCCUUUUCAUUGGCUUCGUCUUCUCUGGCUCGUGGAGCUUCUGGCGCAUCGUGGUCAGUCUGUUUGGCCUUGUGGCCUGCGUGAUGGUCAUUGUUGGAUUUAAGGCCAAGUGGAGCGCUACCAUUCUCGUUGUGUUGCUGAGUGUGUUCAACGUUCUGGUCAACAACUUUUGGACGUUGCACCCCCACCACCCACACAAGGACUUCGCCAAGUACGACUUCUUCCAAAUUCUGUCUAUUGUUGGCGGCCUUCUCCUGUUGGUGAACAUGGGCCCUGGCCAACUCAGCAUGGACGAGAAGAAGAAGGUCUACUAG